CAAGUCUGCGUCUUCCACUGGACACGCGUACAUCGACGCAGUCUCUCGCAGACCCGUGUUGUACUAUACUUUCUCCAUAUAAAAGUUUAGUUUGCGAAUUGAUUUUACAUAGGAACGAUCGAGAGUCCAUCGAUACAGUUUUUUGAUACAAUAACGUCUCGAAACGAUGAUCAGUUAUUUCUCUCUGGCGUGCAUCUGCAUCGCUUACGUCUUGUUUGACGUCAAUUACUUUCUGAGGAUACUGUUUACCAUCGGCUAUGGCAGGCUGUUCCAAGCGAAGAAAAAGAUCUUCGAGAAGACGUCCAUUUACGGUAUAUGUUUGAGUAUGGACGUGGAUAUUUUCCUCAAACACAUGAACAAUGCGAGGUACCUGAGGGAGCUGGAUUUCGCCCGUUUCCACUACUACGAUCGUUCGGGAAUUUAUGGAGAAAUUGCUAAGAGGGGCGGCGGUGCCGUGCAAGGCGCCUCGUCCACCAGAUACCGUCGUGCCAUACCCAUUUUCACACCUUACAAAGUCACCACUCAGCUCAUCUACUGGGACGACCGCAACUUCUACCUGGAGCACGAGUUCAUCAGUCUGUCGGACAAUUUCGUGCGCGCCGUUGUUCUCAGUAAGCAGAGCGUGACGGGCCUCAAGGUGCCGGUCGCCGAGAUCAUAGAAAAAGUCGAGGCCGGCGCCAAGCGUCCGGAACCCACUGCCGACCUCAAGCUCUGGCUCGACUCCAUGGAGGAGUCGUCCCUCAGAUACAAGAAGACCAAAUAAACAAACUUUAUGUACACCCGAUAGAGACUUGAUGGAUCAUCGAUUCUGUUUAUUUUUUUUUUGUUUUUCGUUUGACCACUGCUACAUUGAUUAAUUGUAUACUAUUUUUUUCGAAUAAGGGUUUAGAUAUUUUGUAUAUUAGCAUUACAAAUAAGAACGAUCAUAUAUUUAGGAGGAAGCUCUUAAUCGCCAAUAAAUUGGCAGCGGUUUUUCUUAUUGGUAGCUUGGCUGUUACUUUGGCUUAAAAUUAAGGUGCACACUUAGAGUCUUUAGAUCUUCGCAUACGAUUAAGUUGAUGUACUUUCAAGUUGUAGAAUUGUUUUUUUGUAAGGCGCUACUUAAAAAAAAAAUUAAUCAAAAUCAAUCGCUAGAUUUUUGUACACUUGUAAAAUAUGGUAGGAGAAAACUAUUUUUCAAAUACAACGUUGAAUAAAUUUUAGUUUUUUUAUAAA